CAUUUUUAUGAGAAAUGGAUGCAAGGGAUGCACUGCAACAUGGGCAUUCAAACAUUUUAAUGGGGCACUCUUCUUUCUCCGCCAACAACACCAUGAUCCCGCCUCCCUCCUCGGCGGCUCAUGCCGCCAACAGGUUCCAGUUCAACUCUCUGGCCCCACCAUCGCCGUCACCGUCACAAUCACAGCCUCAGUCUCAGCCUAAGCCGCUUGAUUCACUCACCGCUGCCAACCCUUUUGAUGGAUCACAGUCUUUGAGGGCAGGUGGUGGUGGCUUUUCCAUUGAUCCUUCCAAGAAGAAGCGUGGCCGGCCGAGAAAGUAUGCGCCCGACGGCAACAUUGCGCUCAGACUGGCUCCCACCCAGUCGCCUGCUUCACACGGUGGAGAUUCUGGUGGUGGGGGUGACACGUCAGCCUCUGAGCCCCCGGCUAAGAAGAACCGGGGCCGGCCUCCGGGUUCGGGAAAAAGGCAGAUGGACGCAUUGGGAGUUGGAGGGGUGGGUUUCACCCCUCAUGUCAUUACAGUGAAAACCGGCGAGGACAUAGCAUCAAAAAUAAUGGCAUUUUCACAGCAAGGACCUCGGACAGUAUGUAUUCUCUCCGCAAAUGGUGCCAUCUGCAAUGUUACCCUUCGCCAACCAGCAAUGUCUGGUGGUACUGUGACAUAUGAGGGACGAUUUGAAAUUAUUUCACUAUCAGGUUCUUUCCUGCUUUCUGAAGACAAUGGUAGUCGCAGCAGGAGUGGUGGAUUGAGUGUGUCCCUUGCGGGAUCAGAUGGCAGAGUUUUGGGUGGUGGAGUUGCUGGAAUGCUAUUGGCAGCAUCUCCUGUGCAGGUAAUCGUGGGAAGUUUUAUGGCUGAGGGGAAAAAAUCAAACUCAAAUAUUUUGACAUCUGGUCCGUCUUCAGCAACGACACCCCAUAUGUUGAACUUUGGUGCACCUGUGGCAUCUAGUCCUCCCUCCAAUGGAGGUUCAAGUGAUUCUUCAGAUGAAAACGGCAGUAGCCCUCUUAAUAGGGCAGGUGGACUUUUCAAUAAUCCUUCUCAACCGAUUCAUAAUAUGCAUAUGUACCAUCUAUGGUCUGGCCAAACUUCGCAAUGAAGACGAUGCUUUCUUUUAACAGGAUGCGUCGUUAAUGGUACUGACAUGGUAAUUGUUCUUGCAUAGUGGAUAGAUUUGAAUUCCUAUUUUGCUAACAUGCCUAUCAUUGAAAUACAGAUGGUGGAAGACCUUUUGUUUUUCCCAUUCAGAUUGGGUAUUUGUUUUUCGCUCUUUAUUCAUAUUUCUUGUUUUCGCAUCUCUGAUUGAUGCAAUAGUUAUUGUUGAUAGAUGAGGAAAUGCAGCCUGUUAGAUCAAAUUGCCAUCUCACAUUUUGGUUUUUUUUUUUUCUCUAUCAUCAUAUUAAAUAUUUACGGAUAUUCUAAAUUUCUUUGUAAUUUGGCGUGGUUAGAAAAUAGAAACCAUGUAUAACCAGUCAACUAUUUCUAUUAUUUAUUAUCACUUACAGCCGACAAUAGAGUGUAAGGACGGCUACAUUUAA